UGUAUAGUAUUCAACCAUUUCAAAAGACGUUCUCUUCUCAUUAUUUGUCAACAAAAUCAAUCUUCCCUCCCUCAUUACCCACACCAAAGAAAAGGAUCAUGAAGUUAAAUAACAAGGUUUUCGGUUUAGCCGAUGUCUCUCUGCACAACAACAAUAAAGAUUGUUGGGUCAUUAUCAAUGCAAGGGUUUAUGACGUUACAAACUUUUUGAACGAUCAUCCUGGAGGAGAUAACGUGUUGUUGGAUGUAGCAGGUAAGGACGCUAGCGAAGAGUUUGAGGAAGUAGGACAUGGAAGUGCUGCGAGAUUGAUGUUAGACGAGUAUUAUAUUGGAGAAGUCGAUGUUGUAAUACCAUCUUAUAGUACUUCAACACCGAAAACCCCUAAAACGGGAACUCAAACCAAUCUACAGGCUAGCUUGCAAGAAGAGGAACAAUCAAGGUUCAGUUUCAUGAUGAAAUCGGUUGGACUCCUUCCCUUAAUUACAAUAUUUGUAGUUGCUGUUGGUUUUCUGCUGUACAAAUGAUGUGAAAAUUAAAUCUAAUAUCUUGAUCAUAAUGGAUCAUUAUCUGUGUGCUUAAAAGCCUUUUUAGUCUCAAUAUUAAAGGGAAUACAAUGCAACCACUAUUGAAUGGUCAAA